UAAGAUAUCAUCGCCUCCCAUUCAUAUAGUACAUAGAUAUCAUGUGAAUUCUACUCAACUAUUCACUUUAUUACCCAAUACCUCGGCCAAUUGCACACAAACGUGGAACAUUGCUACUUCACCUUUAUCUAUAUCAUUAUCAUCAUGAAGUUUACUCUUGUUCAAUAUGUGCCCUUUUUAGUGCCACUCGCUAGCGCUACUUCAUUUUACUUUGACGGGUCACUAUCCAGCAACGGCGACGGCUCACAGUCAAAGCCGUUCAACACGCUCACUGGCAUCCCCUCCCUUGCUCUGCAGCCGGGAGAUAAUAUUCUGCUUAAGAAGGGGACAAAAUUUGGACAAACCCUUCAUCUGACCAAAAGUGGCACAGCCCAAUCACCUAUCACGAUUGGCUCCUAUGGAAGCGAUACUGCUAGUGCCCCAGUGGUUCAAUGUCCGGCCACUGGCAUUAACAGUAUAUUGCUGGAAGGGGUUGAAUAUGUCACAUUGCAGGACUUGGAGAUCACAAACCCAGGUGACAACACCACUGUUCGACGCGGUGUCUAUGUCUAUGCCAAGGACAAAGGUGCAGUGGCUGGAAUCACUCUCCAGCGCCUGUACAUUCACGAUGUGACGGGCCGCACACCAUCCACUGUGACCGGCUAUUCCACAGGCAAAUACGCUAAUGCCACUGGUGGCAUAGUCAUUGAAGCACAGGGAAACACCACUGGCACAUACUUUACGGGAUUGACCAUCGCCGACAACCUGUUGGUCAAUGUAGCCCGCCAGGGUAUUUAUACAUGGUCCAACUGGUGCCGUCGACCAGAGCUCGCCUCGUUCUGGAACUCGCUUUGCAGUGCUACUUGGUACGCAUCUACGGGAUUCACUGUGAAGAACAAUCGUUUGGUAAAUGUUGCUGGUGAUGGAAUUGUUAUCACCGGCAACGAAGACGCCAAGACAGUGAACAAUCUUAUCCAGGGUUUUCAUUAUGGAGGCGGUGGUAACAGCGCUGGCAUUUGGACUGCAAACAGCGUGGGCAGCUACUUUGCAUACAAUGAUGUCUCUGGAGGCCAAACCACAGGUGACGGAAUGUCGUAUGAUGUUGAUCACUCUACAUCUGGUACCGUUUUUGAGUAUAAUCUCUCUCAUGACAACGAGGGUGGAUUCUUUCUCUUGUGUCCCUACGACAAACCAACUACCAAUUUCACCAUCAGGUACAACCUAUCUGUCAAUGACCGCGCACGCAUUUUCCAGGUCUGUCCCGGAGACCUCGUCGGCGGUGAGAUAUACAAAAACACUAUCCUCAUUGGCAACGGAAUAUCGCAGCAAGUGGUGACGGCUCCAACGGGCAAAAACCUGAGUCUUGACGUCCAAUUCACCGACAACAUUGUCAAGACUGUAGGCAGUGGCACUGGACACUGGAAUCUCGAUAGCCCUGAGUUCCUUCUUAACAACAAUGUUUUCCACGGGGCAAUCGAUAGCUUCCCUGGUGCCACAGACAGCAUCACCAAUCCACCUGGUCUCGCUGCUCCGGGUCUGCGUGAUCCCUAUGCAUACAAGUUGCUAAGCGCUAGCGCUUCUGCCCUCGACUCUGCAGUAGCCAUUGCUGGGGAUGCCACAGAGGACUUUUUUGGGAACAGAGUUACUCAUAAAAAUAUUGGAUUCUAUGGUGGCGCAGGGACCAAAGUUCCUCAAUGGAUCAGCUCGUUUGAUGCCGGCACACUUUCCCCAUGGACUACUAAUAGCGCCUCGAUUGUUACCGACCCUUCUGGAAAUUUGGGCAAGUCCGUGUUGCUCGGAGCAGGAGGCUCUCUAUCACGCAGCUUUAGCGUAUCUUCAAGCGGUCUACGCUUCAAUGUGAGGUUGUGGUUCGGUGGCGCGUCCGACACGGCUGCUACAGUGCAGGUUGGAGGCAUCAAAGUCACGUUCAGCAAUCUCAAAACGACCCAAGUGGGCUGGUGGCAGAUUUUAGUUGUUGAGAUUGCAGCCGAUGGAACUUCUACAGCCAAACUCGGCUCCCAGGCUGGUACCAGCUCCUGGCCUGUGUCAAGCGUCACCAGCUCUGGUGAUGUUGUCAUUAGCGCAGGGGGUAGCUCUCUGUAUUUAGACGACGCUUUCAUCACUUCAUUAUAG